AUCUGUCGACUCGAUUUGUUAAGGACGAACACGCCCCCCGUGUUUCCGCCCCCCAUAUCAAACCCCGCCCAACUGUUUCGGAUCCUGCUCAGAAUAGCGUGACAAGUCGUGGAGAAUAGAACUUAAAUGUUACGUCUGCCGAGUCCUUAAAAUGUUGUUUUCUUUUUGGUGAAGAUCUACGAUUCGAUUGAUCGUGGCGCUUCUCGUUUGGUAAUCUCAAAGGCUUGUGAUUAAAGACAAAGUGAUCAGUAGUUGAUAGCCUACCAUUCAUCAAGUGCUUAUCGAUUUUGGGGAGCAUGAUUGUGAACUGUGGUGUUUGGAAAUCGGCAUGUGAUAAGGAUAACUAUUCGCUCCUGACGGUGUAAUCAAGUGUUAGUGAAAAUGGCGCUCUUAACAUCGAACAUGCUGCCCCAAGCGCUCCAUUUUUCAAAGCCUUCAAUCGAGCCAGCCGAAUCCUCAAUUUCGAUGGAUUCGAAUGCCACAUCGACAAACUAUGACCGAGAUCCGAGUUCCCCCUUGAUCGAUAACAGCAGUUGCUGUAGCAACGACACAAUCUUGUCCGUCGGCAAUGAGAAUCCUCCAGUAUCGGAAAACUUGAGUUUUAAGAACAUCGAAAAUCAUCUAAAUGCUAUCUCACAAAUAACAAACAGCACGCUAGAAAGCAGGGCACGUUGUCGGAGUCCCUCUAGUCCCAUGAGUCAAAGACUGAGCCCGAGUAGUAGUCGACAGAGUCCUGUAAGUUUAGGCUUUAGUCCGAGCGGCCAAAGAUUGAGUCCUAGUAACCACAGCUUUAGUCCUGCGAGUCACAGAUUAAGUCCUGCCAGUAUUAAAUCGGUUUCCGAUGACGUCUCCUAUCGGAACGGCGAUUUUUUCAUUGAAAAGUCCAAUCCGACGUCGCCAAUGGAACCCUGUUUCAGCAACCCUCUGUUUAAGGGUAGCAUGUUCUCCCCAGCUAGUCCAAACAAUCGCAGGCUGAGUUUUUCAAAUCCCACAUCCCCGUCCGACACGUUGAGUCGAAGUCCUAAGCCGCCCUCAGAAGCUCAUCAUCAGUCUCAUACGCUCUUCAAACCAGAUCCUAAUAAAAACACUACACCGAAUAACAACGAUGCGAACGGGACUAGUCUCAAAUUUUCAAUCGAUAAUAUCCUCAAAGCUGACUUUGGACGAAGGAUUACUGAUCCGAUCAACAUAAAAAGAGCUAAUAAGCCAAAAAGACCAGCUGUGACCGUCUCUUCGACCAGUUUCGAAGAGUCUUCUAAAAGCUCCGAUCCAGUAGAUCUCAGUAAAGCGGCGGAAAAUUCGGUCAAAUCACCUUCGAACGAAUCUGGAGAGUCUGGAGGAAAACAGCCAAUGUUGUGGCCGGCAUGGGUUUAUUGCACACGAUACAGCGAUCGACCUAGUUCAGGACGAAGUCCUCGAACACGGAGGUUGAAGAAAACCGGAACCAAGUCUCCUGGAGCAAACGAAGAAAAACGUCCUCGGACGGCAUUUUCAGGUACGCAAUUGGCCCGUUUAAAACACGAAUUUGCCGAAAAUCGUUACUUAACCGAAAGACGUCGUCAACAGUUGAGCCAAGAGCUCGGGCUCAACGAGGCCCAAAUAAAGAUAUGGUUCCAAAACAAACGGGCCAAAAUCAAAAAGGCCUCUGGUCAAAAGAACCCACUCGCGUUGCAACUUAUGGCCCAGGGUCUUUACAAUCACUCCACGAUACCUCUUACCAAAGAAGAGGAAGAAUUACAACAACUACAAACCGCGAAAAGUUCGUAGGGUAAUGAAAAACAAAACACUUAUUAAAAAAACAAAAGUUUUUUGGUAAUUUAUCAAUGUUUUUGUUACGUACUCUUCUUGGCCGAAGAGCACCUAAUAUUGGAGGAGAAUAAUACGGUAUGAAACGGGCCUGAUUUAUUUCUAAAGAGAACCCUAAAAUGAUGACCCUUGUGUCAUAAUUUUUGGUCAAUAAAAGUAGUAAAAGAAAAAGUAUGGUAGGUAUCUAGAUACUUGAAAUUAUUUUUAAUAUUUCUGACAAUUA